GUGUACGAAUUUUAACAAAGCAUUGUGUACGUUUAAAGGAAUUGUCAUAAGGUUAUUUUUCUCUCAAAAGAAAAUAUACAAUGAAUUUUGAUAGAAUUUAACAUUAAAAAUAACGUUAAUGAACUUACGUGUAGAUCUUUAAAAAUAUAUAUAUAUAUAGAUAUAUAUUUAAGAUGAAUUGCCUUAAUUACAGAUUAUUUUUUAAAUUCAUUAUAUUAACAACGUGGUUAGGUUUAAGUCAACAGUUUUAUGUACCAGGAAUGGCACCUACGGAUUUCAAAAAAGGUGAUCCAAUUGAAGUUAAGGCUGUAAAAAUGACCAGUAUACAUACUCAACUACCUUACGAAUACUAUUCAUUACCUUUUUGUUUACCAAAAGGGGGUUCAGAUGCCAUACAUUACAAAUCAGAAAAUUUGGGGGAAGUUUUGAGAGGAGAUCGGAUUGUGAAUACCCCAUAUGUAGUGAAAAUGGCCGAACCGACUCCUUGUACUUUACUUUGUAAUUCUCCAGACAAACCUAUCCAUUGGAGUGUAGGAGAAUCUCAAAUUGUAUACGAUAGAAUUCAACAUGAAUAUUUUGUACAUUUGUUAGUUGAUAAUUUACCUGCAGCAACACAAAUUUUCAAUGUAGAGACAAACGAAAAUCAACUAGAACACGGCUAUAGACUUGGUAAUAUUGUAGGGGACAGAAGUUUCAUCAAUAAUCAUCUGAAACUUACUUUGUUGUAUCAUAAUCCUGAACCGAAUGUAUACAGGGUAGUAGGUUUUCGAGCAACAGCGAAAUCUAUACAUAAAGACGAAAUGAAAUUCGACGGUACGACAUGUAGUUUUCCAAACAAACCAAGAUCACAAGACGUCGAUCCAGUAGCCGGUACAAAAUUAUAUUUUACAUACGAAGUAGAAUGGUUGGAAACAUCCGUAAGUUGGGCAUCUAGAUGGGACACUUACCUAGCCAUGACUGACGCUCAAAUCCAUUGGUUUUCUAUAAUAAAUUCUAUAGUUGUAAUUUUCUUUUUAUCCGGGAUACUAACUAUGAUAAUGGUGCGCACACUUCGAAGAGACAUCGCUAAAUAUAACGCAGACGAUAGUUACGACGAAACCAUCGAAGAAACCGGUUGGAAAUUAGUGCACGGGGACGUUUUCAGACCGCCUAGGUAUUCGAGGUUAUUCGCCGCCCUAGUGGGUUCCGGGAUACAAAUAUUAUUAAUGUCAUUGAUUACCAUAUUUUUCGCCAUGUUGGGUAUGUUGUCACCGGCUUCUCGAGGGGCCCUCACCACUGCGGCCAUUACGUUCUACAUGAUACAUGGGGCAGUAGCCGGAUAUUUAUCUGCUCGAUUGUAUAAAACCAUGAAGGGGCGGGAAUGGAAGAAAGCCGCUUUUCUAACGGCGGUUUUAUAUCCUGCCGUAGUCGGUUUGACUUGUUUCUUUUUGAAUUUCUUCAUUUGGGGAAAAGCGAGUAGUGGCGCUGUACCGUUUUCCGCGAUGAUUAGUCUAUUGUUGAUGUGGGUAUUCGUUUCUUUACCUUUGGUUUAUUUGGGUUAUUAUUUCGGAUACAGGAAACAGCCUUACCAACAUCCCGUUAGAACUAAUCAAAUACCGAGACAAGUACCGGACCAACAUUGGUAUAUGAAUCCAAUUUUAUGUACCUUAAUGGCUGGUAUACUACCGUUCGGAGCAGUAUUCAUCGAGCUGUUCUUCAUAUUCACUGCCAUAUGGAAAAAUCAGUUCUAUUACCUAUUCGGUUUCCUUUUCCUAGUUUUCCUCAUAUUGAUUAUCUCCUGUUCCCAAAUAUCCAUAGUUAUGGUAUAUUUCCAACUUUGUGGAGAAGAUUACCAUUGGUGGUGGAGGAGUUUUAUCGUUUCCGGCGGCAGCGCCCUCUAUAUCCUAGGAUAUUCUCUAUUCUAUUUUAUGACAGUUCUGGAAAUAACGGAAUUCAUACCGACUUUACUUUAUAUCGGUUAUACCGGUCUUAUGGUAUUCACUUUUUGGUUACUUACCGGUUCUAUAGGGUUUCUCGCGGCGUACGCUUUCGUCAGAAAAAUUUACGCUGCCGUUAAGAUCGAUUAAUAAUCGAUUCAUCGAAUCGAUUUUAUUUUUAAUCGUUUGCACCGAUCCUAUAACGCGAAGUUGUCUGUGAUUGGCUUUAGUUUUGAUAGUUUCAUUUCUACUUCUAAAACUUUUGAAAAAUAGUUAAUUAUCACCUUUUCGGGUCCAAUGUUGACCGUCAUCAGGUCGAUUAAUCUCACAAUAUUUUUUUUGAGCAUACUAUAUAUCUUGAUUUUUCUAAUAAUUGAGGUUGAAUAUGUCGAGAAUCUAUUGAUCUUUGAAUGUUUAAUUGGAACUUUGAAAUAAAUACAUCAGUCUGUGUAAAAUAUUUAUCUAUGAGCUAGAGAAUCUGGCAACAACGCUAAAAUGAGUCCGAAUUUGACAGAGAUACGCCAGUUUAUGUAAAAUGUUUGUCUAUGAGGCAACAGCGGCAUGACGGUGGGCAAUUUAGUUGAAUCUCCAUCAUAACGAACUUGAAAAUGAAUCACAGACAAAUUGAUCGUGUUUCGAGACAAUUAUUGCAUUUCAAAGCUGUUUUUUGUAGUCGGUAAUUGCUAAAAUAACGUAAAAGAUUCAUUUUACUAAUCCUCUAUUUUUUCAGUAAAUCUUAUAUUCGAAAAAAAAAAACACAUUUUUAAAAGUUUAGUUUCUGUAAAUUAGUUUAAUUUAAUUUAUUGAUUAGAAAAUGUAAAUAUUUACGGUUAUAACGAAUAAACAUUAAUUAUUUA